AUCUGAAAAGAUAGGAUAGGUAAAACCAAUGACGAAGGCCCACCAAGGGAUUUGGUUUCACCUUUAAGUCUCAGCAUAUUAGGGGCUUUUAUUAGAUGCUUUUACAGGAAUGUAUUAAGCUGUGAAUCACGUGUAUGUAUCAUGUGUAUCUUGUGUGUUCUUUUGAGAGUGCUUGAUAGUGUUUGAUAGUGCUAACAGCUUGAUUGUGCAACAUGGAACAACAUUAUAAUCCAGCAAUAAAUAAUUACAACACACUUUGUGUUGGGAACUUCGGACACAGGUUGGACAUUCACCUUGCAUUUAUGGGAUCGCAUCAGAGCAAUCAAAGUUGUAUAAAUACUCAGUGAACGUCUGUCAGUGUUUACUUACAGUAUCAUCACCACAGAGGAUCUCUAAUGUAAGUUAUUUACUAAUAUAUAUACUAUGUUUUAAUCACCUGAUCAUUGUUGUUUUACUUUCAAGAUGAUAUACAAAAUUUGACUGUUCGUAACUCAGUAAACAAGAAAAGUGUGUGAAUACUACUAAUAUUAAUUGAUUCCAUGUUGUGUAAGUAGUGCUCGGGUUGUUUUUGUAAACUGAGAAAGUUCCAGCGCAUGAAUAAGGGCAUUUAUAAAGUCCUGUAUAUAAUUGUCAUAAAUCAGUGAUCCUGUAUAUAACAUAAAUCAGUUAUCCUGUAUAUAAUAUUGUUAUAAAAUCACUGAAUCAGAAUGGUAUAUUACUGUUGUAUAAACAGAUAUUUUCCGUGUAUUGUCAGCAGAUCACCAUGAAGGCUGUCGCAGUAAUCCUGGCUCUAGCCGUCCUCUCAGGUAACCUUUCACUUCUACUGAGUAUGUGUCCCAAAUACCACCCUAUUUCCUAUAGGCCCUGGUCAAAAGUAGUACACUAAAUAGGGAAUAGGGUGCCAUUUGGGACGCAACCUAAGAAAAUCAUUGAGGUUUCAUCAGCUCUAGAAAAAUAUUUGUUUUCCGAAACAUUACCCAACAGGAUGAUUGACGGGGGCAAUACAAAUAGCAACUGGUUUAAAUCAAUCAAUUGCUCCAUUCUCUUAACUAUAGGCUGCCAUGCAUGGGUGCUACCCAUGCAAGAUGAGCCCCAAACUCCCUGGGAGAAGACCAUUGACCAGUUUAAGGACUACAUAACUGACCUGAACUCUAAGGCUGAUGAGAAGGUGAAGAACAUCAGGGCCUCCCAGCUCAGCAGAGAACUGGAGUGAGUUUAUUUCUGUGCAAAUGUACCUUUACUUUCCUACACGUGGCAAUUAACCCUUGCAAAAAACAUAAACAAAGAAUAUGGUGAAAUAUCUCUCUGAUGUGCAUUUAGCUUCAAGCCUUUUUGCAAUACUAUUGUGGAUAAUCAUGCUCCCUUAAAAAAAUUAAGGGUUAAAGGUAGAUCGAAUGCCUGGUAGAUCGAAUGCCUGGUACACUCCGGAAUUAUCAAAAGUCAUUCAUAAAAGAGAUGACGCUUCGGUCAAGGCCAGGAACAAAGGCUUAGGCCCGGACUGGCAAGCUUUUGUGUAAGACAAAUCAGAAAGGCUAAAUUAUUAUAGAACUGCUCUUUCGGAUUGUAAUGGGAACCUGGCUAAAUUCUGGAGAGUUCAGCUUCCUCCUCUGCCACAACAAAUUUAAUUCAGAAACUAGCCUCAUUACGGGAAAAAAGACAUCAUUGAUGCAUUUCAUCACUAUUUUAUUUCAGCAGGCUAUCUCUUUGAAAUAACUUCAAAGCCUAUUCACAAUGAUAUUGAGCUGGAUGCUGAUAGGGGAAACUUGCUGAAUGAUCAGAGAAAUGAUAGUCAGAGCUUUUCUUUUAGGCUAUUUACAGAAAAAGAAGUACUGGAUGCUUUGCUAGCACUAGACAACAAGAAAUCCACAGGGGCCAACCAAUUGGAUCCCGGUCUGCUUAAGUGUGCAGCGCCCAUCAUUGUUGGCUAAAUAAUCCACAUUAUUUAUUUAACAUUAUCAGGAAAUAUUACAAAAGUAUGGAAAUCAGCUCUUGUGCUGCCACUCCAUAAGGGCAGGGAUAGUAGUGUUCCUUGUCUAGUUAAGAUUCUUGAAUCCUUGGUAAAUGUAGAACUUUGCUCUUUUUUUAUCUGAUACAUUAAUUUUUUAUGUAAACCAAUCAGGGUUUAGGCUUGGACAUAGCACUAUUACAGCAACCAAUUUAGUUGCUAAUGACACUAAAAUGAAAUGUGUUGCUUUGUUUGUGGACCUGUCAAAAGCGUUUGAUACUGUUGAUCAUGCUAUUUUAUUGAAUAAAUUGUCCUCGAUAGACGCCUGUUCAUGGUUUCAUGAUUAUCUUAUUGACAGAACUCAGGCCAUCGUGAUUGAUGGGGUUAAGUCUGAAUUUCUUGAAGUACAUAAAGGUGUACCGCAGGGGGCGAUUUUGGGACCUGUUCUCGUCACUAUUUAUAAAAGCACCAUUGGUCAAUCUGUUAAAAAUGGUAAACAUAAUCUAUAUGCGGAUAAUACUAUUAUGUAUGCUAUUGCCCCGACUGUUGAUCUGGCUGUGUUAAAACUACAGUCAGAUUUUAUAGCUAUGCAGGAAUCCCUUGCUGAUUUAAAAGUUGUGCUUAUUUCGGGCAAAACUAAAUACAUGUUGUUUUCAAACUCUCAUAAGAAUGUUUCAGAUUAACUACAUUGGGGAGAACAAGUAUUUGAUACACUGCCGAUUUUGCAGGUUUUCCUACUUACUAAGCAUGUAGAGGUCUGUAAUUUUAUCAUAGGUACACUUCAACUGUGAGAGACGGAAUCUAAAACAAAAAUCCAGAAAAUCACAUUGUAUGAUUUUUAAGUAAUUAAUUUGCAUUUUAUUGCAUGACAUAAGUAUUUGAUACAUCAGAAAAGCAGAACUUAAUAUUUGGUACAGAAACCUUUGUUUGCAAUUACAGAGAUCAUACGUUUCCUGUAGGUCUUGACCAGGUUUGCACACACUGCAGCAGGGAUUUAGGCCCACUUCUCCAUACAGACCUUCUCCAGAUCCUUCAGGUUACGGGGCUGUCGUUGGGCAAUACGGACUUUCAGCUCCCUCCAAAGAUUUUCUAUUGGGUUCAAGUCUGGAGACUGGCUAGACCACUCCAGGACCUUGAGAUGCUUCUUACGGAGCCACUCCUUAGUUGCCCUGGUUGUGUGUUUCGGGUCGUUGUCAUGCUGGAAGACCCAGCCACGACCCAUCUUCAAUGCUCUUACUGAGGGAAGGAGGUUGUUGGCCAAGAUCUCGUGAUACAUGGCCCCAUCCAUCCUCCCCUCAAUACGGUGCAGUCGUCCUGUCCCCUUUGCAGAAAAGCAUCCCCAAAGAAUGAUGUUUCCACCUCCAUGCUUCAUGGUUGAGAUGGUGUUCUUGGGGUUGUACUCAUCCUUCUUCUUCCUCCAAACACGGCAAGUGGAGUUUAGACCAAAAAGCUCUAUUUUUGUCUCAUCAGACCACAUGACCUUCUCCCAUUCCUCCUCUGGAUCAUCCAGAUGGUCACUGGCAAACUUCAGACGGGCCUGGACAUGCGCUGGCUUGAGCAGGGGGACCUUGCGUGCGCUGCAGGAUUUUAAUCCAUGACGGUGUAGUGUGUUACUAAUGGUUUUCUUUGAGACUGUGGUCCCAGCUCUCUUCAGGUAAUUUUACCAGGUCCUGCCGUGUAGUUCUGGGCUGAUCCCUCACCUUCCUCAUGAUCAUUGAUGCCCCACGAGGUGAGAUCUUGCAUGGAGCCCCAGACGAGGGUGAUUGACCGUCAUCUUGAACUUCUUCAAUUUUCUAAUAAUUGCGCCAACAGUUGUUGCCUUCUCACCAAGCUGCUUGCCUAUUGUCCUGUAGCCCAUCCCAGCCUUGUGCAGGUCUACAAUUUUAUCCCUGAUGUCCUUACACAGCUCUCUGGUCUUCGCCAUUGUGGAGAGGUUGGAGUCUGUUUGAUUGAGUGUGUGGACAGGUGUCUUUUACACAGGUAAUGAGUUCAAACAGGUGCAGUUAAUACAGGUAAUGAGUGGAGAACAGGAGGGCUUCUUAAAGAAAAACUAACAGGUCUGUGAGAGCCGGAAUUCUUACUGGUUGGUAGGUGAUCAAUUACUUAUGUCAUGCAAUAAAAUGCAAAUGAAUUACUUAAAAAUCAUACAAUGUGAUUUUCUGGAUUUUUUUUUUCCGUCUCUCACAGUAGAAGUGUACCUAUGAUAAAAAUUACAGACCUCUACAUGCUUUGUAAGUAGGAAAACCUGCAAAAUCGGCAGUGUAUCAAAUACUUGUUCUCCCCACUGUACAUGUUCACUCAUUAGAUGGUUCUCCAAUCGAACGUGUUCCCGCAUGGCAUUUGGAUUGAUAUGGAUGUGAUGUUUAAAAAACAUAUAGAUGAGCUGGUUAAAAAGCUACGAUUUUAAGUUGGCUUUUUCUACAGAAACAGAUCGUGCCUUUCUCUAAGCAGUAGGAAGCAGAUUAUUCAGUCAACCUUUUUAUCUGUUCUUGAUUAUGGUGAUAUUAUUUAUCAAAGUUCAGCUGCUAUUACUCUUAAAUCCUUGGAUGCCAUCUACCAUAGUGGCCUUCAUUUUGUUACAGGUUACAGUUUUGAUACUCAUCACUAAAUCCUGUAUCAAAAAGUUGGCUGGACUUCGCUAAAGACCUGUAGAUGUCUACAUUACUCCCUUUUUGUUGACAAGGCCCUACUUCAUAAACUUCUGUCUUAUAUAACCUGUUGAAGUAUAGGCACCUGAGUUGUCUAACCCGUUCACAGGAUUAUUUAACUCUUGAGGUUCCUAGGGUCUCCACCGAGCUAGGUAAAUCUGCUUUAAUUUUAAUGCACCGUAUUGCUGGAACAAAAUUCUAAAUACAUUUCAUCUUGAUGUUCUGGUGCCGUUCAUGCAAUUUAAUGUAUUGAUUGGGGACAUAUUUGAAUGUAUCUGUUUUUCUGGGUGAUUUGCUGUUUUAUUUGUGCUUCCCAUUACUGUGAUUUUGUAUUUUAAUGUGUGUACAUAUAUAGUUUGGAUAUAAUGUGUAUAUUUAUGUUGUACAGUCGUGGUCAAAAGUUUUGAGAAUGACACAAGUAUUGGUCUUCACAAAGUUUGCUGCUUCAGUGUUAUGAGAUAUUUUUGUCAGAUGUUACUAUGGUAUACUGAAGUAUAAUUACAAGCAUUCCAUAAGUGUUAAAGGCUUUUAUUGACAAUUACAUUAAGUUUAUGCAAAGAGUCAAUAUUUGCAAGGUAUUUUUCAAGACCUCUGCAAUCCGCCCUGGCAUGCUGUCAAUUAACUUCUGGGCCACAUCCUGACUGAUGGCAGCCCAUUCUUGCAUAAUCAAUGCUUGGAGUUUGUCAGAAUUUGUGGGUUUUUGUUUGUCCACCCACCUCUUGAGGAUUGACCACAAGUUCUCAAUGGGAUUAAGGUCUGGGGAGUUUCCUGGCCAUGGACCCAAAAUUUCGAUGUUUUGUUCCCCAAGCCACUUAGUUAUCACUUUUGCCUUAUGGCAAGGUGCUCCAUCAUGCUGGGAAAGGCAUUGUUUGUCACCAAACUGUUAUUGGAUGGUUGGGAGAAGUUGCUCUCGGAGGAUGUGUUGGUACCAUUCUUUAUUCAUUUCUGUGUUCUUAGGCAAAAUUGUGAGUGAGCCCACUCCCUUGGCUGAGAAGCAACCCCACACAUGAAUGGUCUCAGGAUGCUUUACUGUUGGCAUGACACAGGACUGAUGGUAGCGCUCACCUUGUCUUCUCCGGACAAGGUGUUUUCCGAAUGCCCCAAACAAUCGGAAAGGGGAUUCAUCAGAGAAAAUGACUUUACCCCAGUCCUCAGCAGUCCAAUCCCUGUACCUUUUGCAGAAUAUCAGUCUGUCCCUGAUGUUUUUCCUGGAGAGAAGUGGCUUCUUUGCUGCCCUUCUUGACACCAGGCCAUCCUCCAAAAGUCUUCGCCUCACUGUGCGUGCAGAUGCACUCACACCUGCCUGCUGCCAUUCCUGAGCAAGCUCUGCACUGGUGGUGCCCCGAUCCCACAGCUGAAUCCACUUUAGGAGACAGUCCUGGCGCUUGCUGGACUUUCUUGGACGCCCUGAUGCCUUCUUCACAACAAUUGAACCUCUGUCCUUGAACUUCUUGAUGAUCCGAUAAAUGGUUGAUUUAGGUGCAAUCUUACUAGCAGCAAUAUCCUUGCCUGUGAAGCCCUUUUUGUGCAAAGCAAUGAUGACGGCACGUGUUUCCUUGCAGGUAACCAUGGUUAACAGAGGAAUAACAAUGAUUUCAAGCACCACCCUCCAUUUAAAGCUUCCAGUCUGUUAUUCUAACUCAAUCAGCAUGACAGAGUGAUCUCCAGCCUUGUCCUCGUCAACACUCUCACCUGUGUUAACGAGAGAAUCACUGACAUGAUGGCAGCUGGUCCUUUUGUGGCAGGGCUGAAAUGCAGUGGAAAUGUUUUUUGGGGAUUAAGUUAAUUUUCAUGGCAAAGAGGGACUGCAAUUAAUUGCAAUUCAUCUGAUCACUCUUCAUGACAUUCUGGAGUAUAUGCAAAUUGACAUCAUCAAAACUGAGGCAGCAGAUUUUGUGAAAAUUAGUAUUUGUGUCAUUCUCAAAACGUUUUACCACGACUGUAUAUACAGGGCGCGUUGUAAAAGAGACCUACAUAUCAAUAUGUCUUCCCUGUUAAAAUAAAGGUUAAAUAAAUAAAUAAAUAACAUUUAUUUUUAUAUUUUCACCCAGUCCAAAGAAUAACACUCACAUAUUCUGAUGUAUUUAACAAAUAUACACUGAGUGUACAAAACAUUAAGAACACCUUCCUAAUAUUUAGUUGCGUUAGAUUCACCUGGUCAGUAUGUUAUGGAAAGAGCAGGUGUUUACAUUGUUACAUUACAAAUGUAAUAGUAAUUAAAUAGUAAUUUAAUAGGAUCUCUGUGGUAACAAACCUGUCUGUUUCCCCUCCCAGUACCCUGAUCACAGACACCAUGUCUGAGCUCAACAUGUACAGUGAUGAUAUGAAGACCAAACUGGGCCCUCUCGCUAAGGACGCCGCUGAACGUCUGGGCAAGGACAUGCAGCUCCUCCUUAACAAGUUGCAGGCUCACAUGACUGAAGCCAAGGACCGUACCACAGUGUACACCCAGGAACUCCAGACCAUGUUGGAGCAGAAUGCCAAUGACGUCAGGAACAGGGUCAACACAUAUAGCCGCAAGCUGAACAAGCGCCUGAGCAAGGACACCCAGGAGAUCUCCAGGUGUGACAGAGAGAAGGCAGGAGCAGUUUGCCGGACUAGAUCAAUUAAAGUAUUGAAGUCUGAUUGAAAGUAUUUAAAUCUUUAGAUUGAGUAUUGAAGUCUUUAGAUUUAAAGCAUUGUCUUAUUCUGUCUAAAUGUUUCAUAAUAUCUGUCACAUGAAUAGUCAUGCACUUAGAGGGACUAAUUUAACUGCAAACACAAGUUCUAAUGAAAUGGAAUGCUUUACCUUCCUUUGUACAGUAGCUGUCUUUCACAUCUCCUUCCUCUCCACUCUCUUUUAGCAAAGUGACCACCUAUUUUGAGGAGCUUCAGUCUCGAACCACCUCCAGGGUGGAAUCCGUGAGGGAUCGCUUUCAGCCUUACUAUGUCCAGAUCCGUGAGCGCGCUGUGGAUAAGAUGACUACCCUCAGCAAACUGCUGACGACCCAGGCUGAAAAGGUGAGCACUGUCUGGCUCAGUAAGUAGCGCAUGGUACUUGCAAUGGCAAUAAUCGUGGGUUCAAUUCCCGCUGGUGCCACCCAUACAAAUAAAUGAAUGCAUGAUUGUAGGCGCUUUGGAUAAAAGUGUCUGCUACAUGGCAUAUAUUAUAUUACAACUAGCUGUAACUAAAUGUCAUUUAUUAUAUCAGGUGAAGGACAAGCUUGAGUCCCGGGCUGAGGAGGUCCGCGAGCAGCUGGCGAAGACCACCGAGAACCUCCGCACCACCCUCGAGGGCAAGAUGGAGGAACUGCGCACCUGGUUCAACCCCUACGGCCUCAAAAUCCGUGAUCAGGCUAAGGCCAUCAUGGAGACCAUGUAA